GGCCUCCACUGGGGUCUCUCCCUUGAGUCUCCAACUACACUUGAUGUUAAUACCUCACAGUAAACUUAUCCUUGGUUUUUAAUUCCCCUGGAAGUACCUAGGGAUGGCGGUGUACAAGGUCUAGAGCUCCUGAGACCUUCCCAAGUACGGAGCUGGGCCUAUGCUACUGCGGGCGCUGGCUGCUUCGGCGCGUCUAUGUGCGGUAGUGUCCCAAUCCUCCUCCCCUCCUCCUUCGGCAUCUGCUCUGCAUUAGUCUGUCCCAGGCCUCCGCAGGCGCCGAUGAUUGAAUCAUCAUCAUUAACCAGGGUCUGCCCCCCGCCCUCCACAAGCCCCGGCGGCAGGGGAGGAUGGGGGGGGCGAAUAAGAUCACUACACCAAGUCCCUGGGGGUCCCUCCCCCCCACCCGCCACCCUCUCCGAGACUCCGCAAAGCCCGGAGAAACUCCCGCCGUGGAGCCGGGAGGAGGCCUGCCAUCCGGAUGAAGCUCCGUAACGCGGACGCGUCAGCCGACGAGAGCGACAUUACGAGGAAAGGACCCGGGAGGGGCUUCUUUAGCGGGGUCGUGGUCACAGGAGAUCGACGACCCUGAGCAGCGGCGGGCGGAGACCGCUGGGCCCUUUGGGGUAGAAGGGAGCAGUCUUUUGCAGGCUCCAAAAGUUAGUCCCGCGGUUGGGUAGGGUCUAUCGUGAUGAUUACUACAAGAGGUCAAUGAGAUAGGACCCCCGCCUCACAACCCCCCCUCCCUAAUUACGGAUUGAGGAGGGGGAGGGGCCAGUGGGGCUCAGGUGAGCACACGGGGAGAAAGGGACAUGGGCGGGGCCUUACAGAGGGUCAGCGAAUCCGAAAAGACCUAAGCCCUCGUUGCUGGGCGACAAGUCCCGCCCCGCAGGCGGCACCGGAAGUGGCCGGCCGGGAUCAGCCUUUAAGAUGGCGUCUCCUCAGGGGGGCCAGAUUGCGAUCGCGAUGAGGCUUCGGAACCAGCUCCAGUCAGUGUACAAGAUGGACCCACUACGGAACGAGGAGGAGGUCCGAGUAAAGAUCAAAGACCUGAAUGAGCACAUCGUCUGCUGCCUGUGCGCUGGCUACUUCGUGGAUGCUACCACCAUCACAGAGUGUCUUCAUACUUUCUGCAAGAGUUGUAUUGUGAAGUACCUCCAAACCAGUAAGUACUGCCCCAUGUGCAACAUCAAGAUCCACGAGACACAGCCACUGCUCAACCUCAAACUGGACCGGGUCAUGCAGGACAUCGUGUACAAGCUAGUGCCUGGCUUACAAGACAGUGAAGAGAAACGGAUUCGAGAAUUCUACCAGUCCCGAGGCUUGGACCGGGUUACCCAACCCAGUGGGGAAGAGCCAGCCCUGAGCAACCUCGGCCUCCCUUUCAGCAGCUUCGACCACUCGAAAGCCCACUACUAUCGCUAUGAUGAGCAGCUGAGCCUGUGCCUGGAACGGCUGAGUUCUGGCAAAGACAAGAAUAAAAGCAUCCUGCAGAACAAAUAUGUCCGAUGUUCUGUUAGAGCUGAAGUUCGUCACCUCCGGAGGGUCCUGUGUCACCGCUUAAUGCUAAAUCCCCAGCAUGUACAGCUCCUUUUCGACAAUGAAGUUCUCCCAGAUCACAUGACCAUGAAGCAGAUAUGGCUCUCCCGCUGGUUCGGCAAGCCAUCCCCUUUGCUUUUACAAUACAGUGUGAAAGAGAAGAGGAGGUAGGGGCCAAGCCCCCGCCACAUCCCUGUCCCCUUCCCUCCCCAGAUAUUUAUGUGAAAUUAACUGCGGCUUUAUUUUUUGAAAUAAAAACUUU